AUGGCCCGGAUCUUCCUGUGCUUAUUGGCGGCGGCGUACUGCUGCAUCGCGCUGCUUCCGCCGCCGGCGCAGGCCCGUCGCCAUGGCCUGCAGCAGCAGCAGGCAGCCGGCGCCGGCGGCCGCCGCAGGCUUCAUCUGUCGCCACAAGUGCCAGAGCCGCGCUUCUUUGUUCCCAAACAGGCGGCGGCGGCGGAGCGACGCGGCGAGCCGGUGAGUAUGAAGGCGAGGCCGCGGGCGGCGGCAGCGUGGAGCGUGAGGCCGGAGCUGAGGGCGGUGCCCGGAGGCCCGGACCCGCUGCACCACCACGGCGGCAGCCCCAGCAGGCGGCCGGAGCAGGACCGCACCCCGCGGUCCCCGUGACGCCCCCCGGCCGGCAAGCAUGGCUAGGCUACCUGCGCCAGAGGACCUUCUUUCCCGGCCACCGGCGCCUGCAACUGCAAUCCUGCACGGUCACCUCGUGCGCUGGAUCCUGUGCGCGGGGAGACUCUGUGGCCUCGCCUGUGGCCGCGCGUCCUCGCCCUGCACGUGUCUGGCUGGCUGCCUACCGAGUUGAGGUGAGUGAGGCACUGAGGCUGCUGGCACUGGCAUGGGCUGCGCAUGGUGAAUGGUUGAGGGCGUUUUGGUAAUAUAUACUGUAUGCAGUUUUAUGUACCAAGUACUACGCAAUGUAUACAAAAUGGUACGACAUGGGUUUCGUCCCAUGUGGAUCGAAA